GGGCUCCCAAGCUUGCAAGGGAGGUACACUUGUCUGAGGGGGCAAAGUACACGCUAAAGUCAUGGUUGCGAGCAAAGUAAUUGAAAUUUCAUGUCGUGACAAACAGCUCAACUCUGAGAGGGGAGGGUGAGGGUCCCAUCAAACCAGACAUCUAAAUCUGGGCCCAUUUCGAUGCUGGUCGCUUUUUCAUUUUCACCAUUAGAGGGAUUCCUCUUUACUCUUCUUUCCUCCACCCCACUUCCCCCUAUAUUUAUAAUUGGCCUCCGUCAAAAUAUUUGGUUGGAGUUGGAGAGGAGAAUUGUCAGGAAAGCUGUUUUACUUUAGUCGUGUAUGAUUUAUUCUCUGUUCUUCACUAGUAUUGGACGGAAGGACGGAGCGUGAAGAAGAAGCCAUCACGCUCUCACACCCAUGAAAUCCAACACAAGCUGCAAAUUCUUGACAAUCGUUGUGGCUGUGUACAUAAUUUAGCAAUCUAUUUGUACAGACAUUUAUUCAUAUCCACAAUUUAAAUUGAUUCAAGCGGAGGGGGCUCAAAAUGGUGGCUGCAAACGAAGAAAUGGCGGUCUACUGCUUCGAUACGCUCGUGUCGCAUUACACGAGCGAGCUCGUGCCUCCUCCCGCCUUUGACGAAGGCCAACAUCCAUUAUUUGUUACUUGGAAAAAAGUUCUAAAUGGUGGAGAGCCUCGACUAAGAGGAUGCAUUGGCACUUUGGAAGCUCGGGGUCUUUUUACUGGAUUUAAGGAUUAUGCACUAACAAGCGCCUUACGUGACCGCCGCUUCCCACCUAUACAAGCCAGGGAAAUACCAUACUUGCAAUGCACUGUGUCUAUACUAACAGAUUAUGAGCCCGCAGCCAAUUAUCUGGACUGGGAGGUUGGGAAGCAUGGUAUGAUUCUGGAGUUCACUGAUCCAGAUAAUACAAGGCGCAGUGCAACUUAUUUGCCUGAGGUGGCUGCACAAGAAGGUUGGACAAAGAUUGAGACAAUUGAUUCCCUCAUGCACAAAUCAGGUUAUAUGGGUGUUAUCACUGAGAAUCUACGUAAAAGAGUUCGCAUUACACGAUAUCAGAGCACCCUUUUCACCAUGCAUUACAGUGAAUAUGCAGCAUAUGUUAAGAGAGCAAGAGGUGCUGCUCCUCUUAUUGGUGCCAAGUCAUAUCACUGAUGACAGGGAUUGACUCAAAACAUGGUUUCUGUUUUAUAUCAUUGUUUUGCAUUAAUAAAAUUUUGGUAAAAUGGACAUGGAGGAUUAUUGAAUGACAUGAUCUAUCCAUUUACAGUUGGAUUGGAAACUUUUAAGAUCCAAACCUGCUGAGUCCAUUUUCAUUUCUCUGGUACAUGCAUAAUUAUUGCUGAUCUCAACACUUGCAGAAAUGAUUCUGUGAGAAGUGUUGUAAUGUCUGGGGCUGUUGCUUCCAUUUAUUGAAGCAAAAUGCCUUUGAAGAUAUUUAUAUGAAGACUCAUUUUGCAAAUAUUUAAAAAAUUCUAAAUUUAAUCCAAAUACUUUAUCCAUUAUGUUUAUCA